UUGUGGAAAGAAGCAAUGGUGGACGACAACAGUGACAAGAAAUUAUUGGAAGCUGGAAGAGUUCGAACUGUUGGAGGAAAAUCUGUCUCAAAAGUCACUUUUAGCAAAGAUUCAAAGUCCUUGUUUUGUGCAUAUGGCAGUCAGAUAAGAAGACACAAUGUAUCAACAGGAGAAUUAGUCUCAUUGUAUGAUGGCCACAGUGAUGAGGUCACAGACCUAAGUAUUAUUGAUAAAAAUCAUCUUCAGCUGAUAUCAUGCUCCCUGGAUACAAAUAUUUAUUUCUGGGAUGUCUUGGAUGGAUCCAUCAUAAGGAAGUACAAAUCAAAUUAUCCUGUAUAUGCUGUGAGUGUUCAUAAAAAUCAUCCAGACACAAUUUUUAUAGUUCAAGAACAUAAAAAGAAAAAUGGAAAAUUUUGGUUUGGAAAAGCAAGCGUAACAACUGAAAACAAUGGUCUUAACAAAGUAGAUUCUGUUCUGAAUUUUCAAAAGAUUUGCAGGAUUGCAAAUAGGCCUGACUCAUAUUCUUUUAGUGAAAAGGGAGACCAAGUUGCUGUUAUUUCCAGAAACCACUUGCAAAUAUGGUAUUUUGCAAAAGAGAAUUUAAUAAAACAUUAUUCCAAAGCCCCCUUUACAUCGAUUGCAUUUCAUCCAUUUGAUUCUUGCUUGGCUACUGGUCACGACAAUGGUAAAAUAAUAAUAUGGAAAAAUCUACAAAUCGAUUCAAAACCCAUCUGUACAAAACUUCAUUGGCAUGCUCAUUCAGUAGCGAGUUUAAAUUUCAGUAAUGAUGGUGCUUAUUUAUAUUCUGGUGGAGAAGAGUCAGUUUUAGUUUUCUGGCAAGUUGAUACAAGUCACAAGCAGUUCAAGCCUCGUCUUGGUGCACCAAUAGCUCAUAUUUGUAACAACCAAGACGAUACAGUUAUUGCUGUUUGUCAUACUGAUAAUGUUGUUAAUUUGGUUUCUGCUGUGGAUUUGUCUGUGGUGAACGUUGUCCAAGGUCUCGCACGAGCCAAUCAUGUAUAUACAGGUCUAUUGGCAGAUCCUCUGAGUAAAUCGCUAGUGCUGAACAGCCAAGAUGGCAAACUGCAAUUUUACCAGCCUGAUACAGAUAGCCUUGCGUUUACAUUGGAAAUUGUGAAACAAAAUUACAUUUCAAAACCUAAAAAUGAACCGCUGCAGAUGACUGCUGUAGAAAAAAUAUCGUUUUCAUACGAUGGCAACUGGCUUGCGACCGUCGAAAGACGAGACGAUGGAAAAAUGACACCAGAAAACCGUUUGAAAUUUUGGAAAUUUAAUAAUGAAUCGCAAAGGCACGUAUUAAACACGUGUAUAGAUCCACCCCACGAGGGGCAAGUCGUUGCAGUCGAAUUUCAACCUGGUUCAUUUGAUAUUCGGCGUGCCAUGAGUGCUGCCGUAGACGGAAAGUUUAAAAUCUGGAUGUUGAAAAAACAACCUGACAUAAAAGAGCACAGAGAAGCUUGGCUCUGUCAGUCCGUGGGAUAUCUUCGCGACGAACCUGUGGGGGAUGCCACAUUUUCCUCCGAUGGUUCUCUGUUGGCGGUGGCGUAUGGCCAGGCUCUAACUUUAUGGGAUCCUUGUAUUAAUGAACAAAAGAAAACAUUGUAUACGCCUUAUUCACACAAUAUCAGGCAAGUGAAGUUUGGUAGAAAGUCGUGUUCUCAUAUCGCAUUAGCUUCAACAAAACAUCACCUUAUGGCUUGGGAUUUACUAUCAUGCACUGUUUUAUGGGCGACAAAGGCUGAGGUUAUAUCCAUUCUUCCCGACCCGUGCAGUUAUGUGAUGGCAGUCUUUAUUAAAAUAAACGAUAAAGAAGUUCAUCUUUAUAUGUUUGAUCCUCGAUCAGCCAUACCUAUUGCUAUUCAAACAAAUGUUUUACGAAAUUCCACUUUCUUGGCCGCUGGUUUUCAGCCUAACACGAGAGGUUUAACGGUCCAGAAUAAAAACGACGAUAUCACAAUGGCAAGAUUAUUUUACAUGAACGACAAGCAGGUACUGUAUACGAUUGAUGGCACUGAAACAGAGGAGAUAUUUCAAGCCAGGGAAACAGUAACAGAAUCAGAAGAAUCAUCGGAAUUUCAUCGAGUGUUUGGAACAUCUACUGAUCGAGCAACUCCAAAAGAUGUUCCUGUUGAGGCUACAGCCUUUCAUAAUAGAGAAACUUCAAACUUUAUCCGUGAGAUGUUAAGUGCCCCGUCUCAUGUAUUACCACCUGUAACAACACUAUGUUCAACGUUCCUUCACUCUUUACUCAUCAGCAAAGAACCUGGCAGCGAGAAACGUCCCCAAAAUGAUGAAAGUGAGGAUGAGAAGACAGCUCUAAUGGACACUAGUCAAGAAAUUAUGACAUCAGACGAAGAGAGUAUGGUUUCACACGCGCGUAAUAAUCGUGCAGUUGAGUCACCUGAGGAAGUCCAGAUAGCAAAGGAUUCUUAUCAAGACGAGACUGUAAAUGAUUUAUUUGAAGUAGACUUCGCAUGGAUGAGUAGUUUUUUUAAAGAGAUGUCAUAACGACGCCAGGUUUGUACAGUUCAAGACAGAGUUGCCGGAAUACAUGGGCCAAACACUAUCAAGAUAACAAAGAAAACCAAAAGGCCAAAACAAAGGGUUGUAAUGACUGUGUUUUGGGCUACAUUUUUUAUGAAAUCCGGCAACUCUCGAAUCAUGAUACUUUGUUUUCAUAUUGAAUAAUUUUGUCAAAUUCUAUGGCUAAUUUCGAUAACUCCAAGAGCUAGUGGAAUA